AUGCAGACCAAAACGGACCAGCAAGUCACACGAAGCAUGGAGGCCUCAGAUACUCUCACCGAUGGCAGAGCAUGGCUUGCUGCUCAAAGUCGAUACACGCCGUACUACCUCCUCUUUGUCCUGCUCAUUGGGCUUGCCCUCGGCUCUAUCGCUACCGUCAUCAAGAUACUCACAGGCGACUGCUCUCGACGAGCUCGCAAUCUGCAUUCCGAGGGUAGCUUAGACCUUCAGGCGCAUCAUGCCGCACGACUCGCAAACGUCAACGUGCUUCUCGUCAUCGCCCUGGCUUCGAAAAACAAUGCGAUCAGCUGGCUCACCGGCCUCUCUUAUCAAACGCUCAAUACUCUCCACCGCUGGGCUGCGAGGGUUCUGCUCCUUCUAGCACUCGUACACAUAGUCCUAGGCUUUGCCUUGCAGGCACUCGAUCGCCUGAUCAGGCUUGCAAGGAUCAUUCACCAUGCAUACUGUUCUGCAAUUACCACGGAAGAUGCAGCCACUAUCACUAAGUUGGCUGGAGAGCUUCUGCGAGUCAGCGUCAGAACCAAGAUGUCGUGGAAACCCGGGCAAUUUGUCUACCUGCAUCUGCCGGCGGUUGCACCUGGUGGCCAUCCCUUCUCGGUGGCAAACAUUCCUUCCGAUAAUGGCGACAACCAACUCGAGCUUCUCAUACGUGCACAGGGCGGCCUCACGCGUCGGUUAUGGAAUCUGCCAGAGCAAGAUAGAGACCUCGAAAAGGCAGAUUCGGACUCAGCACUACGCCUGCGAAGAUGCCUUAUCGAGGGGCCAUACGGCGCUGCCGAGCACACUCACCACUUUGCAAGCGUUCUACUUAUCAGUGACACGGCGGAUUACAUUUGUCUGGUCGAUCAGGGAUCCGUACCAUCUUCUCGCUAUUGCGGAUCGGCUUUGUAG